AAGCGUCCACACAUACAGAACACGGCGUGGACUAACAGAAUUCCAGGCUGACGUUCCAAUUAGCCCGCAUGAUCAGGCUUCCUUACAACAGCCCAGAGUGAUUCUGGGCCAGGAACAGUUCCUCUGAGAGCCACCUAGCCAAAAGAAGAGGAGGCGGAAAAAGACACAUUGGUGUAUUUAUAGAAAAAUGAGGCCUCACAAUACCCUUUUUGGAGAGUGAAUUAUUAAGGAACUGAAGUACACGCGUCCCAGUUUUCUGAUUAACACUGUGCGAGCAGCCUGGCCCUGGGAUGAAUCAGGGAUGAGAUGCUGGACCAACUCCUUGACAAACUCACCGAGAGACGGCUUGCUUUUCAUGCACACCCAGCCCUCAUUCAUUUGGAUUUUGUAAUCCUAUUUGUGGGACUUCAUAGAUCAGGGUGAAUUUAUUUUUUUAUUUUUGUCCACAUUUACCUGGGAAGACCCACUGGAUCUGUAGCGGGUCAAGAUGAAGAAGUUUUUGCAAAACAAAAAAGGCAGAUCCUCAUUGCGUCAGAACAAACGGAGCUCUCGGUGUCAAUCCAAAGAUUUCUUCCUCAGCAUGCCGACGUCCAACCAGGGCUGGCCCGAGGAGUUUGGAUUCCAGCUUUGUGGGAAUGGACCAAGCUUCAUUCUGUCUGUGGAGGAAGGAAGCAGUGCCCAACUGGCCGGCCUGCAGGCUGGAGACCAAGUGUUGGAAAUUGAAGGCCACAACGUGUCAACGCUGGGUCCGCAAGCUGUCGUUGCCAUCGCCCAGACUCAGAAGAACAUACCUCCUAGCAUUGGAGUGGUGUCUCGCAUACAGCAGAUGGACAUCAUACCUGGUCCUGAUGGCCGUUUCGGCUUCACCAUUGUGGGAGACUGCCCCUUGCUGGUGGAGGACUGCUCACCCUGCUCCCCGGCCGGCCGUGCCGGUUUGAGGGCUGGCGACUGCGUCAUGGAGGUCAACGGCAUCCCCGUCAGGCAGCACGAGACGGCCGCAGCGCUCAUCAAGUCCUCCCAGGGGAGAACGCUACGCUUGGGCGUGCUGGGCCUCGGUGCGAGGCAGAAACGCAGCAUCAGCAUGGAGGAUAGUCAGAUCGGAGGGCAAGGCACAAGAGUGGACCGGAAAUACAAGGCUAUGGAGUUCAACAGGAAUGUUGAGCAGAUUUUGGGCGACGAGCCCAACGUUAAAGACAGACUCUUCAGUGUGUUGAAACAAUACGCAACAGAGAAGAAUGUCGACUGGUUGGCAUCGGUCUUGCCUGAAAUCCUUAUCACUGAUGACCAUCGGCAGCUCAUCUCCAGCAUUAGAAUCUUCAUUCCCAAGAAGCACCGGCAGCGCUUCGACGAGUCCGUCUCCCAGAACGUGAUCAACAGGCUGUGCCGCAGCAAGAGCAUCAGCGAGCCGCAGGGCAGAAUCCGUCGCAGCCGGAGCGAGGACCACUCGGACCGCCACCACGGGAACAAACGGGCCAGUUCAUUGCCCCGGGAUGGAGGGGAACCCGGAGGGAGGGGUGAGGUGGAAAGAGACAGAGGCCACAGGAAGUCAGUCUCCAGGGCACCUACACAUCCCCCCAUUGGACCCAAUCAGAGGCUCAUCCGCAUCUACAGAGGGAAGAAGACCUUCGGCUUCACGCUGCGAGGUCACGCUCCAGUUUGCAUCGACUCAGUCAUUGCAGAUAGUCCUGCUGAAGAAUGUGGACUAAAACCAGGCGACCGCAUCCUCUUCCUCAAUGGACUGGACAUGAGGAACUGUUCCCAUGAAAAGGUGGUGUCAAUGCUUCAGGGCAGUGGUGCGAUGCCCACUCUGGUUAUAGAGGACGGUCCGUCUGAUUACUCCUCAGAGCCGACAGACCCGGAAGAAACUCAGAGUCUGUCUUCCAACACAUUACCGCGCUCUAGAUCUCCGGUCCUCAGCUCCCUCCAGUGGGUGGGGGAAAUCCUUCCACCGAGCAUCAAAGUCCACGGGCGGACAUUCAGCCAGCAGCUGGAGCACUUACUGACCAUCCAGGAAAGGUACACGGUCUGCAAGGCCCUGGAGACCUUCUUCCAGCACAGGAAUGUGGACACUCUCAUAGUAGAUGUGUUUCCAGUGUUGGACACACCAGCUAAGCAGCUGAUCUGGCAAUUUAUUUACCAGUUGCUGACUUAUGAUGAGCAGGAACACUGUCAGAGCAAGCUGUCACGUUUCCUGGGUUUCAAAAGCAGCGCUGUGUUAGAGCCUGAGACCAGUUCGGAGCACCACCGGAGGAGCAGCUCCGUGCGAAUAUCUGGGACGUCGUAUCGCGGCUGCGUGCGGGAGAGGAGUUCUGAUGACUGCAUCAUCGGAACUCACCUGGGAAUGGGAAUUCAUGUGGAUGAAUGUGGCAGCCAGGAGGAGAGGCAGUCAGGAGACGGAACCUCCUUCCCUGAGUCUCCUGACCUCAGUCAUAUGUCAGGUGUGUACACGGAGCUGGAGAAUGUGUACGCAGGGAAGAGUGUGUCUCCACUACAGGGGGGCACCCCGGCGGAGUCCGAGGGGCCGGGGCAGACUGAGGCCUAUGGCCGCUCUCUCUCCCCCCACACACUCCCCCCUCUCACAGCUGCAUCCUCACUCUCUCGCCCUUCAGGUAAGCGAAAAUCAGGCCUGUCCCUCACCUGGAAGGAGCCCCUCCCCACGCCCGUCUAUGGGAUCCACCAUCAAAGCAGCGUGGAAUCCAACCCUUACGUCAGCCUGGAGAGCCCCCCAGCGUCACCCCGACACAGCCCCAGCACGUUGGGCCGCCGCAAGAAGCUGUUCACCUUCUCCCGCCCGCCUCGCAGCCGGGACACGGACAAGUUCUUGGAUGCCCUCAGCGAGCAGCUGGGCCACCAGGUCACUCUGGUGGAUGACUUUGUGCCGGGCGAGAACGACUAUGAGGAGAUGAGCUUCCCAGAGGAUCAGGACAUCGGCUUCAUGCAUCGGCAGCUCAGUUGUUGCAGUAGUGAGGACCACAGUAGCGUUGAUGAGGUUUCCUCUCCCUGCUACUCUUCUGGCUCCGAGCACAUCCCCCCUCCUCCUAAACAGAGCCCCCCACCUCCUCCACCCUUCCAGGUCUUAUUACCGCCUCCAGUCCAGUUCACGGACCCCGUGCCCCCUGUCCGCUUCUCACCCGAGCAUGUCCCCCGCAGUCGAAUGCCCUUCCAGCCCCACCACCCCAUCAUCCCCCCUCCUCCGCCCCCUCUGAGGACAAUUUUGUCCAACCGCUCCCCUCUCCACAAGGUGCUGCCCUCCAGGGAGGAUGCGGACGAACGCCGUUUCCAAACGCUUUCCCACGGCCGCACCACCUUCACCACUACCACCAUCCUGCGCUCGUCCCGCCCCAGCUACCUCCCUCGCCAGCUCAGCCAACCCCAGCCCAUUUGCCAGCCGUCCCCCCAGCCCUCUCCUCAGAUGUUGCGGCCGAGCCAGCUCGUCCUGCACAGGCACCACCAACUCCAUCACCAGCACAGCUACCAGGGUCCGCUGCCCCCUUCCCUCGAAGAUCACGGUCCACCCCGGGGUCACAAACAAGGCCCCUCUGCCUCAUCAGCGAACUGCAAGUCUCCAAACUCUCACUCCACCCUCCCCAGCCACACUAAAGCCCCCCGACAAGAGCAAGAGUCGCAGCAGGCUCCCCCACCUCCUCCUCCACCUUUGCCCCCGCCCUGCGACCCGCCUCCCCUGCCUAAGCCGGGUCAAGCCUCAGACAGCAACCACAUGAGCGUUAAGAGGCUGCGCUGGGAGCAGGUGGACAACUCCGAGGGCACCAUCUGGGGUCAGCUCGGAGAGGAUUCCGACUACGACAAGCUCACCGACAUGGUGAAAUAUUUGGACCUUGAUCUCCACUUUGGUACUCAACGCAGAUCCAUGUCUCCACCAGAGCCGACCUUCCUGCCCGAGAACUUUAAAAAGAAAGACAUUGUGGAGAUUCUGUCUCACAAGAAAGCCUACAAUGCCUCCAUCCUCAUCGCCCAUCUGAAGCUCUCCCCCGACGAGCUUCGCCAGGUCCUGAUGGACAUGACCACGGACAGGCUGGAGCCCGCCCACAUCAAGCAGCUGCUGCUCUACGCCCCCGACGAGGACGAGGUCAAAAAAUACGAGCAGUUCGACCAGGACCCGGCCAAACUGAGCGAGCCUGACCACUUUAUUUUCCAGAUGCUGAUGGUACCUGAGUACAAGACCCGCCUUAGGAGCCUCCACUUUAAGACCACGCUGCAGGAGAGGACGGAGGAGUUGAAGGUGGCCUUUGAUUACAUCUACAAGGCGUCCGUGGAGCUGAAGACCAGCAAGAAACUGGCCAAAAUCCUCGAGUUUGUACUUGCAAUGGGGAAUUACCUCAACAACGGCCAACCCAAGAGCCACAGGACGACCAGUUUUAAGAUCAACUUCCUCACCGAGCUCAGCACGACCAAAACUGUGGAUGGGAAAUUAACCUUCCUCCACAUUCUGGCUAAGUCUCUGCACCAACAUUUCCCAGAGCUGCUCAACUUUUCCAGAGACCUCACCACAGUGCCUCUGGCAGCCAAGGUGAACCAGAGGGUGGUGACCACAGAGCUGAGCGACCUUCACGCCACCAUCCAGGACAUCAGAGCGGCGUGUCUGAAGAUCCCACUUACCUCUGAGGACCACUUUGCUUCUGUCAUGAGUAAUUUCCUGGAAAACAGCCACCCUGCGAUCCAGUCUUUGGAGUCUCUGCAGAGCCGAGCAAUGGAGGAGUUUUCCAAAGUGGCCUCCUUCUUUGGAGAAGACAGCAAGUCCACCAGCACCGAUUCCUUUUUUGCCAUUUUCGCAGAGUUUGUUUCCAAAUUUGAGAGGGCCCUCAAUGAGAACCAGACCCCCGAAAACCCCAGAAGCCCCAGACUGUCCUCCCCUCUGGCCUGGUAGACACAACAUAGUCCAAUCUCCACAGCCGAAGUGCCAAAAAUAAAAACCCAUGUGGUGAUGCUCCCCCCCCCAAAAAGUGCAGCGCCACUUCUUCUCCAGCAGAAAAGGAACUACAGCACCCAUACAAGGGAUCUGGGGUGCCCCCGUGUGGAGGAAAGCUGUUAUUUCAGGUGCUCAGUAGAGCUGUCCCAAAAAUCAGCACUUGUAGAAAUGACCAAUCUAUUAAGUAUUUUAAACUACGACAGACAUUAGCAUAGAUAGCUACAGAUAUUUAUUGUAAGAUUGUAAAAAGUUUAUAUUUUGGCACAUUGUAAGGAUUUAGCAAAGACGUAGACUGUUUGAGAA